UUUGUCUUUUUGUGUGCCUUGUCCUCUAUAUAUCACUCACUCCCCAUUUUUCUUCAACUCCCCUAUUUUUCUUUUUUCUUGGCGAAGUGGGAAAAUGGAGGAAUUGGGUUCUUUUUGGAGUUUUCAAGAGAGCAUUGAUGAGUUGAGGCAGAGACUCUUAUGCACAACCAUUGAACUAGAGUCACUGAAAGUUGAAGCAAGUGAAGUGAUGAGAAAGCAAAAGGAAGAUAUAAAGCAUUUAAUUGAUCUACUAAACAUGGCCUACAAAGAAAGAGAUGAAGCAAAAGAUCAGUUGCAGAAGCUUCUUAAUAAGCUGUUGCCUUCUAAUUCUGCUCUAUUACAUCCUAUACUUCUUCAAACAAAACUUGAAAGUCCCCUUGUCAUACCCAUGAAGGCAAACUCAAGUAUAACUGAAUCUAACAGUCUAUCAGACACAUAUAAUCACCAAUCACAUGGUGGGUCUUCUCCUGUGGAUUCCUUCCUUGAUGCUGUUACUUCACCGGAUUUCUCAAGCAUAAACAUGGCUGAUUCGAGCCACAUAAAUUAUAUGAACAAGACCUAUGUUCAAGAUUACACUGGUGCUAUGUCAACAGGUUUGGUCUCUGCUUCAGUUCCCAAGAUUGAUCCGGCUGAUGCUGCAAUUGACAGUCUUAUUAAUGGAAAAGUUCUGCCUCAGAAAGGAAAGCUUUUGCAAGCUGUUACAGAAGCAGGCCCUCUUCUUCAAACACUUCUUGUUGCAGGGCCUCUUCCCCGGUGGAGAAAUCCUCCUCCAUUGCAAAACUUCAAGAUUCCACCUUUUUCAAUCGAAGGUGGUGAGAUUUCAAUUACUAUUGAUCAGAAACCUGCGGUGAAUGCAAGUUCUGGUGCUCGGAGGCCACUGAGUUUAUCGUCUUAUCCUGAUUUGUCUCGUGGGUCGUCUCAAAUGUGUUCAGCUUCAGUGUUAAAUUAUAAUAAUGGUGCUUCUGGUUCAGGUUUAGGCAGUUGUUGGCCAUUAAAUUCUGCCAAGCGGCAAAGGUUUCACUGAGGUUAUGAAACUUUGCUUUCUUUCAUAACUUUAUUUCUUUUUGUAAAAAUCAAAGUUCAGUGGCUGAUGGUGUAAAUGAGAGAUUUUGUUUUGGGGGUUUUGAAUGGCAUAGCUAGUCAGUUUAUUGCAUCUCUUGCCAAUAGAUUAAUCAGAUUUUGUUUUGCUUA